UUUACAUUACUGGCACACGGGUCAGCGCGGUGUGGUGAUGAGGGGGGCCCAGCGGUGCACGCAGGCUGUCUGAAAACACGUACACAUCUCUGCACAGGCGCUCCCUGCGAACACAACUUUCUCUGCGCACAGGCGAGGUGCCACGCCAGACGAGAGGCUGGUCAAGUCGACUUUCUGCAGCGACCUUGGUAAAAGAAAGGGAAAGUCAAAACAAAGACAAGCGCCAUAAUCAUCAGCAGAGGCUCCCAGCGUGAAGAAGGAAUAGCUUAGCAACAGACUCCCACUUCCUGAGGUGUGCAGGAUCAAUCUCCUAACACCAUGGAUAUGGACACGCAGCCACAAGGACAACAAGCAGCUGUGCCAGUGUUUCAACCUCAGAAACCUUUGCAGCCAGAUAUGGGCCAUAACUCACUGGCUAACUUCCAGAUCGAGAAGAAGAUUGGACGUGGCCAAUUCAGUGAGGUUUACCGAGCAAGAUACCUGUUAGACAACACCUCAGUGGCCCUGAAGAAAGUUCAGAUAUUCGACUUGAUGGAUGCCAAAGCUCGGCAAGAUUGCAUCAAAGAGAUAGAUCUCCUUAAGCAAUUGAACCAUCCCAAUGUGAUAAAGUACCACGCAUCUUUCAUCGAAGACAAUGAGCUGAACAUCGUACUGGAGCUAGCAGAUGCUGGGGACCUUUCUCGCAUGAUCAAGCACUUCAAGAAGCAGAGGAGGCUUAUUCCUGAGAGGACAGUGUGGAAGUACUUUGUCCAGCUCUGCAGCGCGCUUGAACACAUGCACUCCCGAAGAGUAAUGCACAGAGAUAUUAAACCAGCGAAUGUAUUCAUCACAGCUACUGGAGUAGUGAAACUAGGAGACUUGGGUUUGGGACGGUUCUUCAGCUCCAAAACCACUGCUGCUCACUCACUAGUGGGAACCCCUUACUACAUGUCACCGGAGAGGAUACAUGAAAACGGCUACAACUUCAAAUCUGACAUCUGGUCGCUAGGAUGCCUGCUGUACGAGAUGGCAGCCUUACAGAGUCCGUUCUAUGGGGACAAGAUGAACCUCUACUCCCUUUGUAAGAAGAUAGAGCAGUGCGACUACCCCCCUCUUCCCUCAGAUCACUACUCAGAGGAGCUGAGGAACUUGGUAGAUAUGUGCAUCAACCCCGACCCGGAGAAGAGGCCGGACAUCACCUACGUGUACGACAUUGCCAAACACAUGCAGAGCCUAACACAGGGCAGCUAAGCCCAGAGUUACACACACUAUGCCUUGCAGAACUCCUUUCCACGUCUCUUCUUGCUUUACAUGCUGGACUUGUAUCCCAUCUUUCAGCUUUCAGUAUGAAAACUUUUUACAGAGUUUAGCUUCUUGUGAUAGGUAGCUCAUGUAACAGAUUAUGUUCAAAGUGGCAGCACAGUCCAAAUCAUGACUUACACCCAAACCCUCUCUGCCCUGAGAUACCAGCUGUAGAGAUCACACCGUUUUCUUGUCAGUGGGCAUCCUGGUCUUCACAUUGUAGUGUGAUUACUACACGGAAAAUUAGUGUAUUUUAGCUCUCUGAACACAAACCCUAACUUCGUAAAGUUGGUCUUCAUCAGCAGAUGUUUCAGGAUUCCAGCUGUUUAAUUGAAAUGACAGUGCAAACCUUCGGUGUGUCGUUUUUAUAGUUAGUCAUCAAAAAAAUUAAAAAUCUGAACUCAAAGCGAUGAAAUUGUUGUGAAGCAGUUAAUCUGAGAUGUAAGAAAAUGUAAUUGAUGGAUGAAGUGUUGUGUUGCACUUUUGUUUACCCUGGUACUGGAAGGCUGGCAGGGUGAUCGUAUCUGAUGAAUGUAUUAGGAAAGGAAGGAUCAUUGGGAGGGUCGACGAGAGAUGUGCUGGGAGGGAAUGUUGGGGAAUGCCUCCACAACACUUUGAAUGUAAGUCAUUUUGAUAUCUAAGUGUUACAUUUGAAAAAAAUCAGAUUGUCUCCGUUUUUACAUUUGAGCAGACAUGGAAGCUGGUUUCAAGACACUUUUUUUUUGUCUGCUGUUUACCUUAGUCACAGAUACCAAAAUAUUUCCUCCUUUGUUGAACGUAAGCGAGAGGUAUACUGCAGCUGCAUAGUGUGAAAGUUUAUUUAACAGGGCCACAAAAACCUUGAAGAAAUAUUCAACUGAAAACACGGUUUACCAGGUAGAUGCAUUUGUCCCACCGCGACGAUAGUCAAAUUAAAGUUUUUGUGUUUCUGUACAAGUUGCAGUGUAUGUGUCUUUUUUAGUCACAGUUUAGAUAUAUGGGAAUAUUUUUGUUUUAUAGUUGUACACCACAGUGUGCCUAACCUAUGGCCUCAGUAAAGAGGAAAAGAUCAAAGUUGCACAUUGAGGGGUUUUAAAAUAUGUAAAUGAGUCUUUUACGGCAAUGGUAUCAAAGACAUGUACUGAAAAGACUUUAAAAACGUACCCAUUGGUCUUUUUUGUUUUCGUGUACAUAAAGAAUUAAAACCCCACUAAAUGAGUAAAAGCUUUUAGUGAGUUUGGAAGGAGGGAGUGAUGUAUGUCCAUGAUAUCACACAUCGAUAUGGUAUGUUGCCCUGCUUUGAUGGACACCUGGGGAAUCUCAAUAUGCCACUGUCUCAACUGCCCUCGACUGAAAUGCAUCGUUAGAAACACAAUUACCAUAAAUAAAUACUAUUUCUGUGCACGUGGUGUCACCAGGUUAGUUUAUUGUAAGCCUAAGACUUAAAGCAGCUGCUCUUUAGCUGAACCAGUGAUGAUAGACUCUUCACUUUUCAUGUUUUUACUUAGUAGUUAAGUGAAAUAGCAAUGUAUUUUAAGUCAGACAGCAACGAAUUAAUUGUUUUAGGUGUUUACAACUGUUCUACAGAUAUUAUGAGCAGAAACAGAGUAACUUGGCUUUGCACAGAGAGCCAGAGGCUUUCAUGGUAUAGUGAGAUGUCUGGGUUCAGAAAGCCAGUGGUAUGAAGGGUAAAGUGGCUGUAAAAGAAAAAAAUAGAAAAAUCAUCACGUGAGAAAAGACGUGGAUAAAUCCAGUCUCCUCAGUACCAUUGAUUUUGUUCUUGCCACUUUAGAUAUAUGUGACUUAUUUACGGGAGACUUUGUUUCCUCUAGAGUUUUAAAGCUGCAGGCUUUAAGGCUGCUACUUCAGCCUCUUCACUCAGCAGCCUUGAAAACAAAGCACAGUUUACAACCAGCUAAAUUUCACUUCAAGUUCAGCUAUAGAGUUGCUGGCAUAUGUCUUCACCUCAAAAAAAAAAAAAGAAAAAAAAAGUUUGGAUUUCAAUUAUUACAUGUGUUUAUAACGAUGAUUUCAGCAUGAGCAGGUGAUUCUGGCAUGUUUUGGGCAGGUUUAUAUAACUGCAGCUCUUUUUGACAUUAUCGAAUAGCUUGUUAACCAUUCAUUGAAACUGUAUGCCCAAUGUUUAUGUUGUUGUUGUUGUUGUUUUUCUUUUCUUUAUUAACAUGUAAUGAUAUUAACAUGUGUUAUAUUCAAAAUCAAAGCUCAUAAGUGCAACAGAAUAUAAGUUAUUUUGUUUCGGUAAACAAAAUCCUUUGAUUGUGUUGUCUUAUAACUUUAUUUUGUGUGUCUGAGACCUGCAAUUACAGUGUUUGCAAUUUCUGUCUGGAAUUGUCCUACAUUUUGUGCCUUUAUAUUGCUUUUAUUUUUCAGCAGUGAAACUGUGUGUGUGUGUGUGUGUGUGUGUGUGUGUGUGUGUGUGUGUGUGUGUGUGUGUGUGUGUGUGUGUGUGUGUGCGCGUGUUUCUAUUGCAGUAAUGAUGUUAAUUUACUAUCAUCCUCAACCUCCGUCCUGUUAAUCGCCUGUAUGAGAACAAUCUGUAUAGCAUCAAAAAGUUUCAGUGUUUUGUUGUAUUUACAGAGGAGCUUUGAAGCACUUUUCAAAUGGUUUACUUUGAUACUGUACAGAGUAGAAUUCCCCAAAUUGUGUGUGUGUUUCACAGGACCACCCCACCCCACCCCUCCUCAAAAAAAAAAAAGAAAGAAAAAAGAUGCAAUUAUAAUAGCUUGAAAAUGCAUUUGCAAUAUUGUCCCCUCACAGCACCAAAGCACCAUCUUGAAUUGAAAGUGGCGGUAUUUGUGCAGUAGUAGGGAUGUAUAAUGCACGCAGUGCAAAGUCACUCCGAGGACUGCAGCUCUGUAUUGAUGUUUGUUUUUGUGUGUUGUUGUGUAAUGUAAUGCUCUACUGUGUCGCAGCCUCCUUCCUCACUUGCGUGCUCAUCUUCAGUUGGUGUUGAAGAGUCCACUCAGUCCAAAUAGUAAAAUAUUGGCAGUUGCUAUUUAUUGUCUUUGUAGUUUAGUUGUUUACUGAACAUUUCAUGUCAAGUUAAAUGCCCUCAUCAGAAACCCCAUGUAUGCAAACUCAACGUAAUAAAGCUUUCAAAUCUG